ACGCACGCACGCACGCGCGCAAUCGAAUCGGUUAGGCUCGGCGGACAGUGAGAGCGAGAGCGAGGUGGCUGAGCGACUGCUCGCGACACUUCGGGACUUUUCGCCAUCUCUUCGCGCGCGCUACGAUCGCCCGUUGUGGCGGCAUACGUUCGUUCGUCGCGUAUACGUGCGCGUGUCUCGCUCUCGCCGUGUUCCCUGCCGUCUGUCUCACGUCGUCGCGCGUGACUUUCAACGUUCCGCGCGUUCCUCGUGAGAGAUCCGUGUGCUCCGGUCCAGCGAGACGCAAAAGCCCCUAGCCAAGGGUACAGCCGUGCACGUAAUACUCGCACGUCUCCGCGUUUCGCUGUUUCGACUCCUCUUCUCACUUUCCUCUUGUGCGCGUACCGAGGGUGAAACCGAAACAUGUCCUCUCUGAAGGACGAUAAAGCACCGUGCGCCCGGCUCUGCCACAUCGUCAAGUGGGACGACUUCCCCGGCUACGGUUUCAAUCUGCACGCGCAGAAAGGCAAGAACGGCCAGUUCAUCGGCAAGGUAGACGACGGCUCGCCGAGCCAGGCUGCCGGCCUUUGCCAGGGCGACCGUAUAAUCGAGGUGAACGAGAUCGACAUCGCGAACGAGACCCACAAUCAGGUGGUCGAGCGCAUCAAGGCGUUCGCCAACGAGACGAAGUUGCUGGUGGUCGACCAAGAGGCCGACGAUUACUUCAGGGAGAACAACAUCGUUAUCAAGGGCACCAUGCAGAACAUCAAGGUGAUCAAGACGCCGGAGAGGAAUCCGAACAGCGUGGAACACGAGGAUCGUUCAGACGGCAGUAACUGCUCCGUUGACGAGAACACACAGAAGUCCAUCGGCUCCAACGACUCGGUGCACAGCGACAGCACUACCGCGGCGCAGACGACGACGGCGAUGACGACGAGCAACGACAGCAACAGCGAUAACAACGAGACCAGCAUGCGGGAGAACGGCAACGGCGUGAGGAACAACGACGUGGGCCACGUGCACGGUACGGGUAACGGCAGCGUGGGCGGCGCGAACAGCGAGCCCCGGCAGGGCUUGAACCUGAAGAUGAGCGCGAAGGAGCUCAGAGCCCAGCUGGCGGCACGCAAGAAGUACGACCCGAAGAAGGAAUCGAUCGGCUUCAAGGACAAAUUCGACAUCGUGCAGAAACUGUAGACAGCAUAAUAGCCCUGUCCAUCUACCUGUCUGCCUGUCUGUCCGUAACCCGAACGAUUCUCUUCAUUCCUUUCCUUCUCGCCGUCCUUGUUGCCGUUGUCAUCGCUCGUCGUCGUUGUCCUCAUCGGACACAACGACGAUCGCUCCUUCCUUACACGUAACGUAACGCAACGCAUCGUUGCGACCGAUCAAAUUCGUUGUUGUACGAGACGCACAAUACACACACACACACACACACACACACACACACGCAUGCACACACACUCCGUCUACGCACGUCGUGAUCGUCGUGAUCGACGUCGAUAUCGUAAACGCUCGUCCAUUGAUUCACAGCGAUAGAGAAGGCUGAGCGGAUUAGAUUUAUAGAUUAGUAGGUUGCGAGAGAAAAAAGAGAGACGACGUGAUGCGGGUGCGCAGGUACACGUUGCUCACUUUCGGCCUUACCGUUCGCACGGGUCUUACGUGUCAUGCAAUUUCGAUCCCAUCCGCGCCGGAUAUUACGGCGGAUUUCGAGUCACCGAAUUUAUAUCAUUUAUCGACGUUUAAUAUAGGAACUGUCACGAGGUAGAUUAUUUUCUGUUUGUUUUUCUCUUCGAGAAUUACGUGGUCCCCGGUUUUAUCACGAAUUGUUUUUCUUUUUUCUUUUUUUUUCUUUUUUUUUUUCAAGUAUCCAUAAUAUUUUCUCCCGGGGCAACAAUUUAGUUUUAGUUUCAAAAUGUUCUUCCUGCUGUAAAUAAUUAGGGCACUUCCUACAUACAUGUUGGCGCGCGCGCACACACACACACACACACACAUACACGUGGUUAGUGAGUCAUUAAAUCGAAAUCUUUCGACUUGAUUACCUAUAGUGCCGGCACGGCUGAGCCCCUAAGCAUCGUCCGUUAAAUUCGGGAGAUCCGUUUGCCGUUUCUUCCCACGACUUUCUCCGGCGAGAAUUUAUCGCCGCGUUCUCUGAUGUAGUAAUCAUCCGCGAAUGUUACGUCGAUCGUGCGGAUUCGUCGCGCGCGAAAGAAAGACGUCCCGAAUUCUCAGCCACAAAAUUCCAGAACCAAUUGGACAUUCGAAUUGUAUAGCGUCCGAAUGCGAGAGUAUAUUGCGCGUGUAAUGAAUUGCAGUGAUUUUUGUUAAUUCAGCCGCCGUCGAUAUAAAUUAAGAAACGUACGAGACGUGUCUCUAUAAGGAAUCUUAAAGAAACGCUAAACGAGCGAGCGCUCGUGAAUCCGAAGGCGUAAGCUUUGAUUCUCGCGCGAAUGUUAAUCGGCCGAUUAAUUCGUCGCGAUUUAUCGAGUUCUGCUUUUGAACAAGGCUGUGUAUAAUAGGAUUAACGCGAUUGCCGGGGGGCGCUUUUGAUGUCGACACGCGAGGAAUUUAACGCGCGAGGUCUCUCGAUAAUCUUGCGCGAAGCGUAGAAAAUGUUCGCGCGACCGAGCGCGGCUCGCCGUUGCGAAACAUCGCGUCAAUUUCGACUGCAUUCGGCGAGACCACAGUUCGUGCUCGUGCCUUGAGAACUCGCAAGGACGGACGUUCCUCGUGUGUGCUGCAAUGGUCCUAAGAAGUCGCCUGCACGGUACAAGGACGUGCGCGUCGAUGCGGGAGAAAGUACAGUGUCGUCGAGCGAAGUUUGUUAAUCUCUCCGUUGUCGAAUUCGGAAGGCGAGGCGCUUUUGCGGUUGUGCGUAGCAAAUCGGAUUCGCGCAAAAAUCAGACUGACUUCGCGGACUGCAAUAACUAAUAAUAACUAAUAAUCGUUGCUCGGUGUCUGACCGUGCAAUUGAAGCAUUGAAAUUGAUAUCGAUGCGAAAAAAAAUUUUUUAAUUUUUUUUCACGUUGGUCGAGACAAUUUUGCUGUGCUUAAUGGUUUAUCGUAGCCACGAUCGAAAUCAAUAAUUAUGGUGGUUAAUAUAAUAUGUUUUUAAGUAAUAUUGUGACAUAGAUCAAUGUACGAUAUCGGUGCGAGUUGCUUGAUCGAAUUGUAGGAUUCUUUCAUCAUAUUUCUCAAGCUUCAUCGCGUUUUUAGCGCUUCGAUCUGACGAUAAGAUCGAAGAACGAUUCUAUUUGGAACGUGAUUUUCGUUUCCUUUCGACGCGGCGAUUCGAGAGAUAACGCGAAUCUCUAUCGCUUGUUUGUUGAUAAGCGACAUCGAAUAAUCGGCAAACGCUUUAAUCUACGUAACAUUAGCGAGUCAUUAAGCGGAUUGCUGUUGACAAUUGUCAUUAUGACGCAUUAUCAUCCGGUUACUUCAGAUGAGAUUUAAAUUUCAAAGUUGUCUCAUUUGCGUUGCGUCAUUCGCCGAUGCAAUCGUUCGUACAUACGAUGCGACGGAGACGCAUUUCUUGUCGAUGCAUUUUCACUUUACUACUUUGCGGGAAAGUCUAGUUUUCCUCGUCUCGCGACGGUGUCGUAAUUAUCGGCACUUUUACAUUCACAUUCCAAGAAUUAAAGAAAAUAAAGCAGCGAGAAACGCGACCUUCGGUGCGCACAACAUGAGAAGAGAGUUGAAGAGCAAUUUUUGAUAAGAAGGAAACAUAUCGCUUGGUUCGUCUCUUCGGACACGCGAUUUUCUCGGGCCUCUCCAUCUCGUACUGUUCCUCGUCUCUGCAUUUCUUUUUGUUGUAACAUCCGGUUAACAACUGCCAUGGUCGUUGAUUGUGGCACGCUUCAUGGGAAAACGCGCGCGCUAACGUCCUUCGAAUUACUUUUAUAUGUCGUUUGAUGUAUUCCUCAUUCAUUGUAUUGCGUGACGCGCCGUGAGAGAAAGACACGGCAAAAGAACCAGAAAAUCGAAAGAAAGAAAGAUCAGUAAUUAACGUUGAUGCGAGUUGACAAUUGAAUACGCGCGACGCGAGCAUAAUCUUAAUGACUCAACUUUGUCGAAAGAACUAACCGACUUUAAGGCGACACAUACCACAGGACGUCCGCGAAUUGUGUUUCUGGUAUCACACGCGACAUUUAAAAUCUCAUCGGGGCGAGUAAUCUAUAAAUAGAGAAAGGCUCCAAAUGGCUGUAAAUUAAGAAAGGCAUAUGCGACUUCCUCGAAAGUUACUCAACGUAUGCGAGGUGCUUCUGUUCUAAACGAAACGAGAUUAAUUAAACAGCGGCUUCCACGGCCGGAUAACGAAUAUUAUCAGAGUGACGAUAAGCGGAUAUGGUAUAAACAGGUACACUCGGCUGAAAUUUAUAAGUCGCGCUGUGCGCUGCGCGUUCGAUAACCGGCCGAACACGUUGCGUAAUCGACAGGAAUGUCGCGUUUACAAUGACAAGACAGAGAGAGAGAAAGAGAGAGAGAGAGAGAGAGAGAGAGAGAGGGAGAGAGAGAGAGAGAGAGAGACCGCCUUUCAGGAUUCCACCUUUGCCUACUCGGCGUGUCGCCGAGAGUCGCGGAAAAGUUAGGUACGCAACGAUUCGUUGCUAAAUAUUACGACGACGCGGUUGCGUAACCUUCAAUCAUUGCUGCUCGUCGUCGUCGUCAUCAUUGUCACGCGUUUACCUGUUUGGCUCAAGGUGCGCAAGCGUCACAUUCCCGAGAUACUGUGUCUUUUUCCAUAAAUCUGUAUUCCAGCAAGCGAGCGAGCGAGCGAACGAUGCGUCGUUAUCAACCGAAUUAAUUCUAGUGAUAUGGAGUUACUUGCAGUUUUUAUCGAGAAACAGAAGGAGCAUCUUCGUGCGCCUAUUGCUAUUCGAGGUUUUGCUUUGCGAGGUUAUAUUUUGCAGCGAAUUUCUGAAUUUUUUUUUUUAGAUUUUUGGCUUUUCACGACUGUUCUUUCCUUUAUUCUUUUAAUUACCUUUAUCUUUUAAUGAAGUAAAUAAGUUUUGUCGUAUGUGUACUUGAGCUGUUGGUAAUAGGAAAAUGCGAAGAGUGCUCUUCUCCUUGGCAACGUCAAGAUAUUCUCUCGCUAGUGAAUGAGAAACCGAACCAAUCAGAAUUCGUAGGAGGAUCGACUUCAGGCUCCUGAAAAAAGUGUCAUUAAGAACUCAUCCGGUAUUGCGAUGAGGCAUCUUGUUUGCGAGAUACGUUGAUUCAUAGUUCUCGCGCAACGUGCGUUAAAUUAUCACGAUACGUCGAUUUACGUUCCUUCGCUACGAUAAAAAGAGAGGGAGAAAGAAGUUACCAGGAAUACCUGGAAAUGUUUGUUGCGUCCAGGCUGAUUAAUCAUCGGCAAUUUGUCGUCGAUCUCUGUGUAAACGUGAAUCGGCGCACUUUAGGAAUUAAGUGGCGUUACCAAGUGCAACCGAGUUUACAACGUCGUUAAUGUCGCGUAUCAUUCAGACGGAACACAAUGCUCCUCAUUGCAGCGGCAAUUUACUUUUGUGUCACCGUUACGCGAGUACGAGAGCGCUCCUCGCGCCUUUUCUUCCGACGAAACUACGAUAUAAACGGAGAAGGCGAGUCAGAGAGAGAGAGAGAGAGAGAGAGAGAGAGAGAGAGAGAGAGAGAGAGAGAGAGAAAGAGAGUAUCCGAGCGGUAAUUUAUCAUGAAAAUAGCGACCGUAAGAGCAGCUAUCAGCGUCAAAAGCCGCCUCCCCCUGCGCACGCGUGCUCACAGUAUUAUGUGCUAAUUACAUUUGGAGCGCGUACACCGUUAUGUCACUUCGCGGCUGAUUUGAAGUGAAAGUAUAACGAGGCAGCGAUCGCGAGACGCGAACUUCUACUAUCGUUGCGGAACGGGCUCGGCUCGAAAGAAUGAAAAUACCGCGUUUACGCACUGGCAAUGGCGCGAUAUACAUGUCCGAGACCGAGACUGAUCGUUCGGAAAUUGGUGAUAACGGCGACGGCAAAUUAAGCGAUCUCGCGUCGAAGAAAUUGCCUCGUUCUAAUGAAUGUGCGAUUGAACAAACAAAACAGAAGAAAAGGAGGAACGUUGUUGAGCGAUGACCGAGUAACUCGGAAUGGCAAUUUAAGCAGGAGCAAUCGCGACCAGAUCGAACUACAUGUUGGUGACGGUGCGCAGCGUUUCGCUUCGAACAAAAAAACGUAGGAAUUGAGCGAAACAAUCGAGGCGAAAUAUCGCUCAUUAGAUAAAUCGUAUCAGGGAAAUCGCGAGAUGAGAUCCGCUGAUCUUUUUGUUAUCUGCGAAGCGCAUCACGGCUUGUAAGAUCGUCGUGUUACCGGCAGCAGUCGAGGGAGAAAGAGAGAGAGACGUCGUUCGUAUUUCCCGAUUCUUUUUUCUCCUGAUAAAUGCCAAGAACCAAUUAUACAAUUGUAAAAAAGAAAGUUCUCUCCUCGACGUGCGUUCGUAUACGUCGUUCUAAUUAAGAUUAAGCGGUCAUCGGCGGACAGGACAGUGUGACGGAAUACCGAAGCAACGCGCUAUUGCGGCACCUGGUACAAUCAAUUCACGAGCUUGUUAGUUUUCGACGAUUAAUCUCCCGUAGUGCGAGCAUUCGAACACACCGAGGUGCCUCGGUAUUUUUCCGCGUUAUCGCCGCGGAUAGGCUCAGAGAGGAAAGCGGUCUUGUCUAAUAAUAUUUCAGAGGCGACGACGUCACAGUAGCGCAAAUGCACCAGCGAUGAAAAAUACCAGCGCAAUGAAAGGAUUUACAUGACGCAAGUGAAAUCGCCGUUGUGCCGUAACGAUAUCUCUGCAGUCGUGUGCUCGCAUAUAUUUAAAAGUCCGGGGCGUUGUGUAGCGGUCGCGCUGUGAUAACUCGAGAAUUAUCGGGCGCCGAUAAUGCGAUACGCUCGUUCAGCCAGCGGCGCGUGCCUCCGGCUCUGAGGAAACUGAGAUGAAAAUUAAGGAAUAAGAAUAAGAAAAGAAGGCAAGAUCCAGCACGUAAGGAACGUGGUAGUAAAGGAACAAGUCAUUAGGAACCGUGAAUUGAAAAUUACGGAUUGAUGGGACAGCGACGAAUAUCGCGUUUGACGAAAUUUUUCAGACUGGAAUUAUGCCGCGCUCGCAAAACGUGCGAGUCGCGUGAUUAAGAUCAGCGAAAAACAAUGAAUAGUGUGUGUGUGUCGUUAGUGCGCAACAUUUAGAGAAGCCUGGGUUUCGAAUUAUCGCGAUGCCCACCGCUCCUCAUCCGUUUGCGACGAGCGCGGACAUAUGUGAGUUCUCUUUAUCUUUCCUUUGCCCUUCUUCUUCCUUUUUCCUCCCUGAAUGUUCUUGUUUUCGUCGUGGACGACCUUGGAAGAGCUCUAAUAGUUAUACCGGCUUCUGUAAAUAUUAGACUUUCGUGCAUCGGGGUUGGUGCAACGAUCAGACGGCAGGAGGGAAUGCCUUAUGAUAAUCAUCGCUGCAAACGAGAGCGAGAAUUUCCCUGCAAUGGGAUGCGUAUCGUUAAUUAUAAUUAACGACAUGAAGUGAACGCGCCUCUUGCGGUAAAAAAAAAAGAAAAAAGAAAAAGAAACUAAGAUAUCUUACGAAGAUGUUGCGGUAGUUUUAAUCUUUAAAAAUAAAUUUCUCGAUAGAUGUUGUUUUUCUUUUCUUUAUGAGAUCUCUAUGAUUUAUUAAUUUGUUGUUGUUAGGUAGAAUAGCUAGAUUCUAUAUAUUUGAACGCUCAUUUGAUGUAGACUAUUGUUUUCUGAAAAUAUUAUUUUUUUUUUAUUUUUGCGAUAUUUUUCGAGAGGAAAGGGACUGUAGGAUCAUAUCGUUUAAUAUGUCUUUACACGUAUCUUCUUCGCGUAAUAUUCUUAAUUCUAAGACGAUAUAUAAACACACGAUUUAGAUGAAUAUAUAUACAAUAUCGGUGUUAUUGUUGAUCUUGUAACGUCGAUAGAAUCGUAUCGAAUACCGUUAUCUUAUCUGUGUUUGUCAUCUAACAUUUAUGAGCGACGAUAAUAUUUUUUUGCCAGAUGCUCUAUAAAAUUCAGAGAUGUUUUCCGACGUGAUUUUCCCGAGUUCUCUAGACGAGAUCGCAGAUUGAGCCGGAUCCUUUGCCGAUCUAAUCGUUGCAGCAAACUCUUGGAAUGUAUAUAACCACGCGCACGUAUACAUACGCACAAUUAAAAUAAGAGCCAAGUACACAUGUUACGAUCUUCGCACACGUCCAACAUUAUUAUGUAAGCGUAACUUUAAGCAUUACGUUUGACGGUAAGAUUUAGUUAUGUGUUACUCAUCAAAUUAUACACGUAUUUACGUACAUGUGUAAAAAGAAGUAUACUUAA